GUCAGGGAGCAGAAGCAACCCCCCCCUCCUCCCCUCCUUUCGGCCCUCACUCUCGGCGGCCUCUCUCGCCCCCCUCCGCGGUCCCUGGACUUGGCGCGACGAUGGCGGACGAGGAGCUGGAGGCGCUGCGCAAGCAGAGGUUGGCCGAGCUGCAGGCCAAGCACGGGGAUCCCUCUGGUGAAGUUGUACAACAAGAAGCAAAGCAGAGGGAGGUGGAAAUGAGGAAUAACAUCUUGGCUCAGGUUUUGGAUCAGGCAGCUCGUGCCAGAUUAAGUAAUUUAGCACUUGUAAAGCCGGAAAAGGCGAAAGCAGUUGAGAAUUAUCUCAUACAGAUGGCAAGGUUUGGACAGUUAAACGGGAAGGUAUCCGAUCAAGGAUUGAUAGAAAUACUUGAAAAAGUGAGUCAGCAAACCGAAAAGAAAACAACAGUAAAGUUCAACAGAAGAAAAGUAUUGGAUUCCGAUGAGGAAGAGGACGACUGAGAUACAAAGGUGGUUGCCGACUGCAAAUCGUCUGGAAGACGUCGAGUUGCCUGAAAAGGGUCCCUGUGCUUGCCUGCAUUAAAGGAGUCCCCCCAGCCAAACGGAAUGAAUUUGAGUGGCCAAAUGCUUCUGUUCUUAAAAGAAUAAUGUGAACACUGUAUACAUACCUCCUGAUGGUACUGGGCUACAGGGGCCAAUCACGGCAUCCAUAUCACUGUCCACCUCCAAUUCUUAGUAAGAAACAUCUCAUUUAGGGUUUGAGGUUUAGCCUUGCACACGA